ACAAACAAGAAGACGUAAAACAAACAAUAAAAGAAAAGUUUAUUGCUGCUAAGGCUUUACUCCAUAAAGAAAUGAUAAAAACGAAAUUAGAAACUAAUGAUACCUUAAUGGUUGACAAAUCAAACAUCAUUAUGAGUAAAUCCAAAUCAGUGAUAGAUGAUAUACAAAAAGCUAACAAUAUUUUUUGUGAAGAAACAGUUAAUCUUGCAAAGAAUUUACUAGAAACAAUUGAAAGGCCAGAUGAAGAAACCAUUAAACAAAUAAUAAAGGAAAUAGUUGAAGUUGUUAAGGUUACAUCCCAACAAGCAAUGAAAGAAAAGCAACCAGAAAUUAAUGACACCUUAAUGAUUGAAAAACCGGACGUCAAUUUGAGUAAAUCUAAACCAGUAAUAGAUGAUAAACAAAAGAUUAACAAUUUUCGUAAAGAAGCAGUUAAUCUUGCGAAGAAUUUACCAGAGACAAUUAAAAUUUUAGAUAGUAAACAAGAAUCCAUUAAACAAAUAAUAAAAGAAAAAGUUGAAGUUACUAAGGCUACAUCCCACCAAGCAACGAUAGAAAGGCAACCAGAAAUGAAAAAACUGGACGUCAAUAUAAUUAAAUCUAAACCAGUGAUAGAUGAUAAACAAAAGACUGACAGUAAUUUUCGCAAAGAAGCAGUUCAUUUUACGACGAAUUUACCAAAGACAAUUGAAAGGUCAGAUGAUAAACAAGUAACUAUUAAAGAAAUAAUAAAAGAAAAAGUUGAAGUUGCUAAGCCUACAUCUCAGGAAGCAACGAUAGAGAGGAAACCAAUAAUUCAUCACACCUUGAUGGUUGAAAAACCGAACGUCAAUACGAGUAAAUCUAAACCAGUGAUAGAUGAUAAACAAAAGACUAACAGUAACUUUCGUAAAGAAGCAGUUAAUAUUGCGAAGAAUUUAUCAGAGACAAUUAAAAGGUCAGAUGGUAAAGAAGAAAGCAUUAAACAAAUAAAAAUAGAAAACAAUGAUUUUCCUAAAGCCAUACUUCACAAAGAAAUGAUAAAGACGAAACCAGAACUUCAAGAUACCUUAAUUAUUGAAAAACCGGACACCAAUAUGAGUAAAUCUAAAGUAGUGAAAGAUGGUAAACAAAAGACUAACAGUAAUUUUCGUAAAGAAGCAAUUAAUCUUGCGCAGAAUUUAUCAGAAACAAUUAAAAAGACAGAUGGUAAAGAAGAAACCAUUCAACAAAUAAUAAAGGAAAAAGUUGAGUUUGAUAAGACUACAUCUCAUAAUGCAGCGAUAGAGAGGAAACUCGAAAUUAAUGACAAUUUAUUGUUUGAAAAACCUGUUAAUAAACAAAAGAUUGUGGUGAACUUUCCAAAAGAAACGGCCAAUGUUGCUAUUAAUUCAAAGCCUAUGAAAAGAUCAGUUAGUAAAGAAAAAAUUACUAAAAAAAUAAGAAAAGAAAUGGUUGAUGUUGGUACAUCCUUGCAAAGAAAUAUGCAGGAUAAGGAAAAAAGUAGUAUUACAUGUUUACCGACUCCUGCAGUAGUUGAUGAACAAAAAAAUAUUUAUAACAAUUCUCUCAUGCCAAUGAUAGUAGAUAAGGAAGAAUCCAUUAAAAAAGUAACAAAAGAAAUUGCUAAUUCCACUACUUAUAUAUCUUCGCAGCAAACUAUUAAAACGAAACCAACUGAAUCUGAAGGAAUGACAAGUACAAAUGUACCAAAACUAAUGGUAAUUGAUGCUAAAAAUUUACCACAUCCAAUAAUAAAUACAGCUGAUAAACAAGAAAAUAAAUUAUUAAUAACAGAUAUUGCUAAGGAAUUAUGUCGUCAAGGAAAAAAGCCAGUCGUUGAUACGCCACCACCAAUGAUUGAUGAUAAGCAACAAUCCGUUAAACUAAUGAAAACAGAAAGAAUAGAUGUUGCCAAUGAUACAGUUUCCCAACUCAAAACGAAUAUACCAACGCAAGUGAUAGUUAAUAAACAAGGAUACUUUUCUAAAGAAACAUCUAAUACAUCUAAUGAUACACUUAAGCCAACGUUAAAAACAGGCGAUUUACAACAAACCAUAUCUAAACUAUCAAUGGAUAUGGCUAAUGACAAUAAGGAUAAAUCAUCGCAAUCAAUUGAAAAACAAGAGACAAGUAAAAUCGUCAAUAAGAAUAUAACAAAAGAAAUUAUAGCUGAAACAGAAGGAGUCAUUAAUAAUAAACCAAAAGAAGCAAGAGAUGUUUCAUUGCAAUCAAUAUCGCUUGUAUGUGAGAAACAUAAAGAUAUUAAAGAAAUGUCAAAAGAAUCCGUAGAUGCAGCUGAUCUUAACAACAAAUUAACUGGAUCAAUGAUAGACAACAGUCAAGAAACUAUUAAAAACGAAACAUUAUUAGAGAAUGAAGACAUCAUGUUGGAGCGUCAGAUGAACUUGCAGUCGGAUCGUCUAAAACUUAAAAAUCGCAAUGAAUGUUUUAAAUCAAUUUAUUUAAGUCAAUUUGAUCUACAAAUGAUUGAUGAGAAAAACGGCAAUAAUAGAAAAAAUGAAAGCAAUUCACAAAGCGUAGGCGAAGGUAAUGCGAAUUUUAGAAAUGCAAACAUUAUCUCCGAAGAGAUGAAGAAUGAACAAGGAAGCACUGCAGAAUCGUUAGUUAAUAGAAAUUCUAUAAACGAUUGCGAAUUAAUUGAAUUAGCAGAUGAUAGUGAAUUAAAUAUGGUACCAUUUGAUGGUUGGUUUACAGAAAAUGCUCAUGAUUUUGAUACAAAUACACAUAAAUUACGGACGUCUUCAAAUUCGUCAAGGGACAAUAGGAAUCUUGGUGCAAAAUCGACGAAUCCAUCAAUUAAAAUUAAUAAUCGAAGGGAAUCUAUGGAAUCCACUGCUGAAAUAGAUACUGACGACCUUCAAAAUUACAAUGACUAUCACCAAAAUAAGAGUAGAUACUCCAUUUAUCCAAAACAAAUGCCACACUUAACAAACCAGAAACAUAAACGCAAUCGAGGAUUGUAUAAAAAAGGAAGUAAGUACGGAAAUUAUGAUAGCAGUAGGCAACGUCAAUCUCGAAGAUUACCUAUUUCCAUAAAAAAUAAGACAAGGGGAAAACGUUACAGUCCUAAUAGAUUACAAUUUUUUGAUAAACACGAGAGUCCCUCUACUUCAUACCAAAAUGACCAAUAUAGUAAUCCACUUUUAAAUAUAACGAAGGUUCGGAACAAUCGAGUAUCUUCUACUCCGGUCUCAAGCGAUAGUUGUAAUGAGAAAUUCUCCGACUUGGAUAGCGAUAAGACACCUCCAAUGCGUCAAGAAAAUGUGCAACAUGAUUACACUGAAUUUUCAGAUGAUAACAUUAAUCCGCUAUAUAAGGGGAACGAGCGUAUGGAUAAUAAUUUCGAAAAAUCCAACUGGUUUCCUGAACAAAAGAGAAGAACCUUUUCAUCUGUGCUAUCUUACCAAUCCGACAAGCACCGACUUUCACAGUCAUUUGGAGAUCAAAGAGAUAGGUAUCAGGAGAAACCAAGAGUUGUACAUCACACCAGCGAUUUUAAAAGAACAUCGCUGAAAAAAGACGAAACCAAUUUCAAUAAUGAAGUACUUGAUUAUGAUAGAACCCCAUCGUCGCCCCCGCCACGGGAAUUAGCCUACGAGAGUAAUAGGUUUUGUAUUAAACAAGGUAACGAGAGUGAUGUUAUGGUGACUAACAUAAAGAGAGCUUCAGAAUAUAUUCAAAAAACGCUGUCACCUUAUACAGCAACAGCAUAUUCUAACAGUCCAACCCACCAGGUAAAUAAAAUAAACGUAUUGGGGAAUUUCAAAUUUAAUGAUACAUUGAAAAAUUCUCCGAAAAAGGCUUCAAAUGCAAUAAAUCCAGCAAUAAACACAUUAAUCAAGGAAGAAAUAAGUGCAACAGAGCCAAGUAUUGAAGUAAAUACUAUCCAUGAAAUUGAUUCUAUGAUAUUGCAACCCACCUUGAUUGAAGUAGAAAACAUUAACAAAGCUGACAAUUCUGCGAUCAAAUCUGAGAUUGUUCAGGAUUCAGCAAUAAAUAUAACAAAUAAUGAUAAUGAAGUAACAACAUCGCACAGUAAACAUGUUAACGUAAGAAAACGUAAAGAUAUUAUCAAAACUUCUUUAAUAAUGAGUGAAAUUAUACAACAAGAAGAUAGCAUUUCAAAUAAUACUUUUGAUAAUAAACAAUCUGAUGAAAACAAAUUAAUGGAUGAAGUAGUAUGCAACAUCAUUGAAAAUAAAGAUAUUUUUGCCGACAAUGCAAUAGUAGAAACUACUGAAUAUUCUGUAAACUCAGGUAUAGUCGAAAGUGAAAGCUACAUUCAGAAUGUGCAUGAAAAUUUGGUAAGUUUGGAAAGUAAUAUAAUCACGAAAUCUGAUGAAGUUGUUUCUAAUGAAAUAGUAGAUACAAAUUUAUUGCAACCAUUCACUAAUGUAGAAAGACAAGAUUUUCAGUCCGAGAACAAAGAUCGAGAGAUCAGUCAAAUUAAUGAAUCAGGAAAGGAAACAGUUAAUGAUGAUUAUAACGAAGAAAAUAAUUGGGUUGAAUCGACCAAAUAUGAAAAAACUGAGAAAGAAAUUAGCGGACAAGUUAAAUCUUAUGAAACUAUGUAUCCGAAGAUUAUGGAAAUACUAUCUGGCCCGAUCAUUGCCGAAAAUUUGGAAACUCAAAUUGAUUUAAGUGAAGAGAGGGCAUUCCAAACUAUAGAAACAAUUUUGCCAAUGAAUUCUACUUCAGGAAAUACAGAAACUGAAAUUCCACGUGUAAUUGAAACAGAAAUUAAACAAUCUACAGAACAUAAAGUGAUUGAUAAAUUAAAGCAAAAUUCAGUGAGCGAAAUACAAGAAAAUGAAUCAGAAAUAUUGCCCGUUGAGGUUCCAGAGAUUAUUGAGGAAAGAUUUUACAAAGAGACUGUGAACACCGCUCAACUAAAUAUGAUGGAAGAUGUUGCAAAUAAAUCUGAAGAUGAAAUGAUUACAAUUAAUAAAUUUGAGAUUCCUGUUACAGAAGAUUUCAAAGAAAAGGAAGGAACAAUACCAAAAGAAAUGUCCAUUCCUUAUUCAACCAUAUUUGAACAAUCCUAUCAUACUAUCUCUGAUUGCAUAAAUGAUAAGUUGAAAGCUCAAUCGGAAGAUAGUUCUGGAUCGCUAACUAUUUCAUUGACCGAGAGUAUUUCAUUGGAGGACACUUCGAAUGACGAUAUGUUAUUUGAUGACACCGAUGAAAAACAGAACGAACAGGUUUUACAUGAAAGCAUAUCAGACGUAACCGGUAUGCAUGCAAUUGAAAAUAUAAUCGAAAAAAUAUCCGAAAACCCCGAAGAUGAAAAAAUGAACGAUAUUCCACAGUAUACAGAAGAUGUACGAUUGCAAGAAGAAAUUUGCGAAACUGAGAAAGAAAUUAUAAAAGAAUCUAAAAUUAUUGUAGGAUCUAAGGUGUCAAAAGAAAACGUAGAUCUACGACAUUUAGACAAAAACGUAUCAUCCAGUGAUUUAGCAGAGUGCAAUAUUGAAAGUAAAUCUAAAUCAAAUGAUAAAAAUGUGGUAGCAACAUCAAAUAAUGAUGUUGCGGAUAAUUCGAAAAUCAAUGAAUGUGAUUUUUUUGCGGACGAUGAUAGCAUGGAAAGUGCAAUACCGAGUCAUAAAAUUAAUAAACGUAAGAAGACGAGUGGUAAAAGAAAAAAUUCCAAAGCAUUAAAAACUCUUGAUGUGGCAGCUAAAAAGAAAAUCGACAGUUUUAAAUUGGCACAAAUUAACCAAAUUGAUACUGGCUUAUUAACUGAAUGUUCGGAUGAAGCUAAUUUGGAUAAAGAAUGUAUUACCAAAACUGUUGCUGCGCCGAUCGCAGAGUUAUUUGAUGAAGAAAGUUUGGAUAGUUUAAAGUCCACACCAAAAUUGCAAAUUGAUACAAGCAACGACGACAGUUCUAAUGAUCAAUUUUUGAUAAAAUAUGUUGAGCCACCUGCGAAAAAAUCCACGACUAAAAAGAAUUUAGUACAUUACGACGAGGAUAGAUCCUUAGCAAUUGAUCAACAUGUGUGGAAAGAUUUGGAAGAUGCAAUCUACAUUGAAAUGAUGCCGGAGGGUGAGAAAAGGACAUCGACAAGAGCUGCGAAAACAAAGGCUAAAGCUAGAAUAUCGACGGUGAAGUUGAGAGAGUUUGACGAUUUAUUGAAAAUAUUGGAAGAUAAAUCCAGUCAGAGUGUUGAAAAGAAGGAAACCAGGGGCAGGAAGAAGGUAUUGAAAGAGGAAAAAGCUGUAGCAAUACCGAAACCAAAAUCCGCAUCUACACUGAAAUCGAAAGCACUAGCAACACCGAAAUCAAAGGCGACUACAGCACCGAAAUCAAAAGCGGUAGCAGCACCGAAAUCAAAAGCAGCAACAACACCGAAAUCAAAAGCGGCAACAACAUCGAAACCAAAAGUAGAAGCAACACCGAAACCAAAAGUGGAAGCAGCACCGAAACCAAAAGCAGCAACAACACCGAAACCAAAAGCGGCAACAACACCGAAACCAAAAGCGGCAACACACCGAAACCAAAACAGCAACAACACCGAAACCAAAAGCGGCAACAACACCAAAACCUAAGGUGGAAGCAACACCUAAACCAAAAGCUGUAACAACACCGAAACC